AUGAUCGUUCCGAUUCAGGAUUUGAGAACGAACAGUCUUUUGCAAGAAACUCCGGUCGUGCAACCACAGCCACAGCCACAGCCACAAGCACAACCACAACCACAAGCACCGUUUGUACAAGUGCAGCAACAGACGCCUUUUGAACCAAGGCAAUCUCAAACGCCAUUCAUCCAGCAACAACCCCAAAGAAUUGAACAAUCGACACAGCAGUUCCACUUCAACCAAAGGCCGGUACAAACACCUUUCGAUCAAGCGCAACAGCAAUUCCGCUUCAAUCAAAGGCAACAACAAACACCUUCGCCGUUCCAAACUCCCUUCAUUCAACGACAACCACAGACGCCUUUCACAUCUCAGCCGCCUCCGCUUACUCAGGCCGCUGAAUCGACCACGACUCGCAUGAGGCACAUCAUACCUCUCACAGAACAUUCUUCCGACCUGCAACGAUGCGCCCACCAUCCAUCUUGAGGCGCCCUCAACAAACAACUUUCACUAGUCUAAAUCCGACCAGAACAAGUAAUGGAGCCUUUUCCAUUCGAACCCCUACCGACGACCAGCGUACAUCACCUGCAACUUCAUUUUGCAUUGAUCGUGAUGGAGCUGACCGCUGCCGUGACUGGGUGCCCUACUGCCGAAGCGAACGGUUUUUCGUUUAUAUGA